UUGAUAUUUCAUGCUAUUUUUACGAUAACGAUACUCAUAGAGGUAUGACUAAAUUGAAUUACGAAAAAAUAUUUCAAGAAUACACUACUGCAACAAAAUAAAAAUUAUUUUUUUAUUAUUGUAUACGAUAUGAUAUGGCACACCCCUAACUGAGAUAUUUAAAAAAUACUAUAAUUUUAUCAGAUUUGUAACAGAAGUCAAUGAUCCAGAAUGUCAUGAUACUAAUAAUAAUGCACUCCAUAUAUCUCCAUAUAUUCAGGAUUACAGUAAAAUAAAUGAUACUGAACAGAUAUAAUCUGUCUCUAGUAGAUAUAUAAUAGGAAAUAAGAACAGUGUGAAAUAUACACACCUUACGCCUAAUGAGUUUUUUUAUCGUGCUAGGUGGUUGCUGUGGUAUUCUAUGUGGUUCCUGUAGCAUUGCUAAGUGGUUGCUGUGGUAUUCACAAUGCCACAUCGUAUCGUACACAAUAAUAUUGCCAACAUUUUUGAACAUGUGAAAUGUUUUUAGCAAAAGAAAUCUUCACACCGUUCUAAUUCCCAAUCAUUAUAUCAAAUUAAUAAUUUGCAACAAAAUAUAAUUUAAAAAUAAUUUUGUUGCAAUAGUAUAUUCUUGAAAUAUAUAUUUUUUAUUCAGUGUUUUGUUUUAGCACCAAGAACAUUGUUAUGACGAAAAUACAAUGAAAUAUUGCGAUAUUAUUUUAGGGCCAUAUCGCCCACCCCUUGUUCCCGUAGUGUUGUUAGGUGGUUGCUGUGGUAUUCUAUGUGUGGUCCCCGUAGCGUUGUUAGGUGGUUGCUGUGGUAUUCUAUGUGUGGUCCCCGUAGUGUUGUUAGGUGGUUGCUGUGGUAUUCUAUGUGUGGUCCCCGUAGUGUUGUUAGGUGGUUGCUGUGGUAUUCUAUGUGUGGUCCGUGUAGUGUUGUUAGGUGGUUGCUGUGGUAUUCUAUGUGUGGUCCCCGUAGUGUUGUUAGGUGGUUGCUGUGGUAUUCUAUGUGUGGUCCCCGUAGUGUUGUUAGGUGGUUGCUGUGGUAUUCUAUGUGUGGUCCCCGUAGUGUUGUUAGGUGGUUGCUGUGGUAUUCUAUGUGUGGUCCCCGUAGUGUUGUUAGGUGGUUGCUGUGGUAUUCUAUGUGUGGUCCGCGUAGUGUUGUUAGGUGGUUGCUGUGGUAUUCUAUGUGUGGUCCAUGCAGUGUUGUUAGGUGGUUGCUGUGGUAUUCUAUGUGUGGUCCAUGUAGUUGUGUUAGGUGGUUGCUGUGGUAUUCUAUGUGUGGUCCGCGUAGCGUUGUUAGGUGGUUGCUGUGGUAUUCUAUGUGUGGUCCGUGUAGUGUUGUUAGGUGGUUGCUGUGGUAUUCUAUGUGUGGUCCCCGUAGUGUUGUUAGGUGGUUGCUGUGGUAUUCUAUGUGUGGUCCGUGUAGUGUUGUUAGGUGGUUGCUGUGGUAUUCUAUGUGUGGUCCCCGUAGUGUUGUUAGGUGGUUGCUGUGGUAUUCUAUGUGUGGUUUCCCUAAUGUUGUUAGGUGGUUGCUGUGAUAUUCUAUGUGUGGUUCCCAUAGUGUGGCUAGGUGGCUGCUUUUGUGGUGUUAAGUGUGAAUUGGUUGGUAGUUGGUAGCUGGGUAUGGUAUUUCAGGUGGUCAACAUGGUGUUGCUUACUGGUUGCUAGGGUAUCGCUAGGAGGUUUCUAUGGUAUGUCAAGUUAUAUUACUGCAGGAUGGGCAUUUUUUGCAGGUGUUAGACCAGAGUAUUUACAGUCUUCGGUUUCCAUCCAGGAAAAUUCAAUCAGCUCUUUACGAUCGUCCUACACACACACGCACACACACACACACACACUCUGGCGUAUGUGCUGGCGUAUCCAGUCACAACAUUCCACACGCUCUAUCUGACCAAGGGCCUCAAAUGCUUUUAAUCAGGCGGGUCACGAGGCUGUCCAGCUGCUGAAGACUUUGGGUGGGACAGCUGAGGGGAGGGGACCCUAAACUAAUGGUGAACAGAUUUCAGCGAGCCCCGCCCUCACCAUGACUUCACCGUCCUCCGAGAGGAGAGAGAACUCAGCCUGAACCUCCACUCUUACACUCUUACUCACACUGACAGCAGGGAUGGAGUUAUCGUAUGUUUUUAUACACUUUAUACCAAACUGGCCCACUGCUGACUGACCACUGACUUUAUGUUUAUUAGGGUUUAGUAUUUUAAUGUUAUAUACAGUUACUUAAGCAAUAAUACACGAGAGGGAGCGCUAUAACAUGUAAUAUUGGCACUGCUGUGAUGCGUUCAUAGGCACAAGGCCGAAGGCUGAGUACUGUAGAUCAACACAAUAGUGCCAAUAUUAUACCUUGUAGCACAAACCUCGAGUGCAUUAUUGUGAUUAUACCCCGGUUCCAUUAUCACUGUUUAUUGAAAGAUUUUCACUUAAAGAGGAUGAGAAAAUGCAAUGGGUUUGGUUAUAAACACUCCAGUUAAACGCCAAUAGUUCCAUAGCUGCUCUGUUUGUAGCUGCUCUGUAAGCUGUGCAUUAUUGUCCAUUUAAGUCAAAAUUGUGGAAAUCUAAGCUUACUGUAAAUAAACAGAAGCUUUUAUUUUAAUAAUAACAACUCUUAACCUGAUAUUGGUGGCUGAUAAUGUGUGUAAUAAUGCGCAUUUUUGAAUCGCUGGGCUUAUUUAUUUAUUUGUGGGGCCGCAUCUUUGUCUGCGCUGCCUAUUGGAGACAUUGUGUUUCUGCACUGUGCCCCAGGUUUAUAUUUGGUUUGUAAGUGCUGCAUCGUUGCUAGGUUACUUGCAUGUGGCGGAGUAAUACAUGGAGGGCUUCGGUUACAGUGCAUUACCGGCUGUAAUUCUAUAUAACAUUAGAAUACUAACACCCAAUAAAUAUUUAUAAAGUCAGUGAUCAGUGAGAUUGUCUACCUGUAAUUAACUCUAUAUAACAUUAGGAUACUAAACCCAAAUAAACAUAAAGAAUAAAGUCAGUGAUCAGUGAGAGUGUUUACCUGUAAUUAACUCUAUUUAACAUUAGUAUCUAUUAUUGGCACUGUUCUAAAGUGUGUUUGUAUGUAACAGUGAUGUCUGGUGUAAUCACUGCUCUGCUCUGAAUUUCCCUCAGUACUCCUAAAUGCUCUCUAAUUGAAUCAUUAAUGGAUUCCAGUGUGUUUAACAUAUAAAAAUGCUGAAGUCCACAGCACUCUGAACCUCUACUGCUGGAAUUUCCCAGCCUGCCCUGCCCUGUGAUGUCAUCAUGUGAUAUAUACUCUUUUUCUUGUGGGUAUGAGGAGCUGUUACUCAGCAGUGUGAUGGUUUGUGAUGGUGUGUGUGGAUGAAGGCUGGAUGAGGAUGAGUAGGGUCUCUAAAUGCUGUGGUUUGGAAGCAACAGUAACUAGAUUGCAGUGCUGAUUCAUGGCUGGUUGCUAUGGUGUCUCUGCUGGUUGCUAUGCUCUUGCCAAGCGGUUGGUAGGUGGUUGCUAUGGUAUGUUGCUAUGUUGUUGAUAAAGCAGUUGCUAGGUGGUUGCUAAGGUGUUGCAAUGGUGUAUAUGGAGGCUGCUAUGGUGUUGCAAAGUGGUUGAGCAAAAUGCAAACACAUGUCGCAACUAUGGACGCUUGUAUUUAAUAUCUAUCUAUCUAUCUAUCUAUCUAUCUAUCUAUCUAUCUAUCUAUCUAUCUAUCUAUCUAUCUAUCUAUCUAUCUCAACUAGUAGUUGCAAUGUUAUUACAU